UUUCUCCCAAACCCAACUCUCACAGUACACACCCUUUCUAGUCUUUUUCUUUACAUUUGAUUUUCCAAAAUUCCUCGACCCCAACCCAAUUUUGCUCUCCACCUAAUCAACCAGCUCAAAGCAAAUACCCACUAAAAACCCUUUUUACUAUAACAUUUAUGAUCCACCAAAUACAAAUCAGAGGCCUCCUAUUAAAAAAAAAAAAAAAAAAAAAAAGAUCAAAGACCCCCUUCCCAUCUCACACUCUUUUUUUUCUAAAUUCCCAUUACCUUUUGCCAUUCAAAGUCUCAAAGCACAAAGCAAAGUAGUGCACCCGUCUCAAGAAAUAAUUCAUGAUGCCUGCUCAUGCUCAUGGGGUCACCUUCUCUCUCCUCCUACUGCUGCUCUUUUUGUCUACUGCUCUCUCCCCCACUGAAGCAGCAAGCUUAACCCCUGCCAAUGGGUCUGCAGCUGUGGAGCCACUUGUGCCACUGAUUGGAGCUGAAAAGAUGAAGACUUUGGUGAUGAAUGAGACCAGAAGGAAGUUGGGGAGCUUUCGGAUUUGUGCAUUGUGUACUUGUUGUGGAGGUGCCAAAGGUCUUUGCUUGCCUUCUCCUUGUUGCUAUGCCAUCAAUUGCAACAUUCCAAACAGGCCUUUUGGUUUCUGUUCUUUCACACCCAAGACCUGUAAUUGCUUUGGAUGCCAUAUCUAACUCUUCCUCUCUAUAUUUUAUAAUUAAAUUGUUGAAUUAGGGGUAAUGUUUGAUUUUGUUGGGAGUCUGGAUGGCAAAAAAGAAUAUCUGUUCUUGAUUUGUUUGUUUAUAAGUUAUGAAAUUUAGUAUAUUUCCAGGUUA